AUGGCAUUAUGUGUCAUGGAUCUUGCCCAUAUUCCAUUUAAUCUUAUGCCACAAUACACCUGUGCGACACCUCUAAUUUUUGCAAUAUAUGGUAGUGGAUGUACAGCUGUUGCAAAGCUUCUUCUCGAUGGUGGUGCUGAUCCAAACAAAGCAUGCAGUAACGGGAUUACUCCUCUCCAUAUUGCAACAAUUCGAGGUACCUAUGAAAUAGCAGAGUUGUUAUUGUCCAAAGAAGCUGAUGUUAACCUUGUGUGGGAAUAUAAAACUCCACUAUAUAUUGCUUCCCAACGUGGAAAUGCAAGAAUGAUGGAAUUAUUGUUGCGGCAUGAGGCAAAGCCUAACAUUUAUAUCAUAGAUACACCACUGAAAGCGGCAAUCUUCGCUCGUUCAUUGGCAGGCGUGGAACUACUUAUUAAGGCUGGUGCUCAUGUUAAUACUGGUCUGCCUGAAACUCCACUGAUAGCAGCUGCAUCUGCUGGCUUAACUGACAUCAUCAAGUGUUUGUUGAAAGCUGGUGCCGAUGCAAAUAUACCUAAUGAUAGUGGUAGAAUACCAGUAGAAAUUGCUGCAAUCCAAGGAUGGCAGGAAUGUGUUGAGGUUCUUUUCCCUGUCACGACCCCUUUGGCUAGAGUUGCAGACUGGAGCAUUGAUGGAGUAAUUCAACAUGCAAAAUUUGCAAGUUCAGAGCCACUAGAUCAUCUGCUCCAUGAGGAUGAUGAAUCUGAUUUCGAGGCAGAAGGCGAUGCUGCAUUCUCAGAAAGGGAUUAUGCUCAUGCAUUGACUCUCUACACUAUGGCAUUGGAGAUUGACCCUCAUGAUUCAACCUUGUAUGCAAAGAGAAGCCUUUGCUUUCUGCAUAUAGGUGAUAAAGGCAAGGCUAUGGAGGAUGCUGAAACCUACAAAGAUAUGCAGCCAGAUUUAUCAAAAUCUUUCUACGCACAAGGAGCAGCUCUAAUUCUGGUGAAGGAGUUUGGCAGAGCGUGCGAAGCACUCAUGUCUGGUCUGAACUUGGAUUGAAGCAAACCAACUGACAAAGCAUGUUGAGAGGACCAUCCGUGAAGACAGGUUGUUACUGCACAGACAAGAAAGGUUGUUAGCUGUUACUGCACAGACAAGAAAGGUUGUUAGCUGUUACUGCACAGGCAAGAGUAAAGGUUGUUACUUGUUAAUACUGCAGUCAAGAAGAAAUGUUUCCGUUACUGCACAGGCUAGAAGAGAGGGUGUUAUCUGUUACUACUGCACAGGCAAGAUACUACGUACUGACUGGUGAAAAACAUCCUUCGAGAGCUUCGGGGUUGUGCUUUUUGACCUUUUGUUGGAUCCUGCAUUUUGCGAAGAACAUGUCCAUGUUUUGUGAAGAAAACCAAAGCUGGAUAUUAUAUUGAGAGUUUUUAGGGUACAUUGACCAUCCAUUGUGAGUUAAUC